AUGGUUCAGUUCUUUGUCGAUUUCAUAGCCUCCGACAGCUCUGCCUGUCUUGAUGAGGCUGGAAAUCAGGAGGACGAAACUGAUCACUCUGGCUUUGGAGAAGACCAUGUUUCGGAUAACGAAGUAGUACACGAACGUUCCAGUAAAGAAGAAGGCGACCAUCCAGGCAGUGAAGAAGCAAGGAAUUUGGAUAUAAGUCGAAAGUUCGAGGAAGUAAUCAAGGAAAAUGAAAAUGUUUUCUUGAGGUUUGAGAAAGACAGAUUAGAAAAGGAUCAGCUGAUCCACGAAUUACUUGAACAAGGUAAGAGAGACCUGACCAUAGCAAAACUGCAUAUGGAAGAACACGUCAGAGACCUCGAACGACUGAACAAAGAAAAGGAAAGAAAGAUCUUUUCAAUGUCCGAAGAGAUGCAGAAUCUGAAAAACGAAAUGAUUGAAAAGGCGAAGGUUACAGAAGUCCAAAUAAAAGAAAACGAGGAGAGAGACCAGAUGCUAAUUAUUUUCGAAAACACGGUCGCAGUUCUCUCGAUGGAGAAGGACACUUUGCAUCGAGAUCUACAGCAAAACGAUAAAAACCGAGAAGAAAUGCAAAUGAAAAUCUACAAGCUGAAUCAGGACCUGGAAGGACUUCGAAAAGAGAAUGGAAGGAAAGAGAAGAACAUAGAAAAGCUGAAGAGGGAGAACGAGAACAAGACCUUGAAGAUCAAAGGUUUAGAGGACGAGUUACAAUUCCUUACCAUUCAGACACAGAUGGCCCUGGAAAAUUUGAAAGAGCUCGACAAAUGUGAAAGAGAAUUAGCUGACAAAAACGAGGAACUCGAAAAGCUGAGAGAACAGGCCUUGCAGAGGGACAGAGAGAUCCUCCGAUUGGAAAAUCAGUGCACCCAAAAACAAUUGGAAGUCAUAGGUCUGCUGCAAGAAUCUAAAACUAUUGUAGCAGAACAACCGACGGCAAAUGGAAAGAUGAAUGACCUGAUUAGAAGGAUAGUUCGACUUGAAUUCGAACUUGAGGAGACGAAGGAGCAAUUGGAAACUAAGGAAUUUGAAGAGACGGAAGCAUUAUUGGAAUUCGAAAGACGCCAAGAAGAGAUCUUGGCGCAGGUUACGACGAUUAGCUGCUUGGAAACGAAAGUCAAAGUUCUUAAUGGACCAAAGGAUACUAAAGAAAAGGAAGUUUGCAGAACAGAGAAGACCAUGAGGAAAGCGGAUGACAAAAAGACUUCAGAUAAAACUCGAUGUCUGAGGAAGCCGCAAAUCAACUGCAGAUCCCUCUACCGACGAAUGGACAGCAUCAAGGAAGAACUUAGCCAAAUCAAAGGAUUACAACGACCUUCAGCUGACACCAAGAGGCACUCAAAGGCCCCGACUAAAACUCUAUCAACUGAGAAGCCUCUAAACAGAGAUGAAUUGCACCAGAAGAUGGGGCUGAUAUCUGCAGCCAACCUCCAACGACUGGAGCAAGAGGCUAAAAUGGUCCAAGAGCUCUACAAGAUAAACGCCGUCACAUAA